AUGAAAGCAGAAAUUGUAUUGGAGAGAAAUAACAAGACUUUUACCGCAGGUGAACAAAUUAGAGGCCACAUAAGCAUUGAAGACGCUCCAAUUGGCAUCCAAUACAAUAAUCUGAUCGUUAACUUCGAUGGAUACAUCCGAGGCCAAGCCAGCGUUAAAAAUGUAGGUGCUCUUGACUCUCUUCUCCCUCAAGUCCCACCCCAAACCCUCUGCAAGUCUACAGAAACCCUUCCAGGAGGCACUUUUACUGAAUCGAAAAUGAUUUUCCCAUUUGUUAUCCUUUUUCCUUAAAUUUUCCUACAAAAAUACUUAAAAUUGCGAACUGGGCAAUCCAAGGAAAAAAUGAUAUAAAUUUAGUCCCAAUUGAAGGGCAAUUUCUAUUGGAGACUUAUAUAGGCGUCUACAUCACAAUCCAAUAUGAAAUAAAAUCAGUUUUUGUGGUCUCUGAAAAUGUAAAAAAUCGCAUAAACAACCCAAAUUCUUUAAAAAUCGUUGUACAAGUCCCAGAUCUUGGACUCAGUGAAGGUAUGACCCGAGAAAAAGUUCCAGUCCCUUUUAAUAUUUCCCCUGCAAGCAUUGAAAACCCAGGAAAGCUCAGCAAUGUCCCUAAUUUCCGCAUUGUAGGGGAAUUGGCUUCAUCUGUAUUUGAGCUUAAUGGAGAUUUCAAUGGCUGGCUGUCUGUGAUGGAGUCGUCUAAAGGUAUAAAAAGCAUUGAAUUGCAAGUAAUCAGAAUAGAAUCAAUUACAUCUAACGAUGGGACUAUUAAAGAAGCGACAGAAGUGCAAAGUCUGCAAAUUGCGGAUGGAAAUGUGAGGAAAGGAGCACAAAUCCCGCUAUUUAUGCUGUUCCCAAGGCAGUUUACAUGCCCUACGACUUUUUAUAAGAAAUUUAGGAUUGAGUUUGAAGUGAACUUGGUAAUUUUGUUCUUUGAUGGGUAUCAAAUUACGAAAAAUUUCCCAUUACAUCUAAUAAGAUAUAGCUUUUUUAUAUGAAUAAAUGCAGAAAUUCAUAGAUUUUUUUGGUUAUUAAUAGUAAAAAAUAGCUAUUUACUGAUGUUAUGUAGAGACCUAAGGUAUAA